UUGCCUUUCUUCCCUUUGUGCUGAAUACUGCGAGUUGCGACUGCCUCCUCACUGCGUGCUUCGUUUGCUGUACAGUGUAGCAGAUUCACACACGACCUCCAUGGCAGACAAGGCAGUGACUAUCCGUACCAGGAAGUUCAUGACCAACAGGCUUCUCUCAAGGAAGCAAUUCGUCAUUGAUGUUCUUCAUCCGGGAAGACCCAAUGUUUCAAAGGCGGAAUUGAAGGAGAAGUUGUCGAGAAUGUACGAGGUGAAAGACACAAAUGCAAUUUUUGUUUUCAAGUUCCGUACCCAUUUUGGAGGUGGAAAGUCAACUGGGUUUGGCUUGAUCUAUGACUCUGUUGAGAAUGCAAAGAAAUACGAGCCCAAGUACAGGCUCAUCAGGAAUGGACUUGAUACUAAGGUUGAGAAGUCAAGGAAACAGUUGAAGGAGAGGAAGAACAGAGCCAAGAAGAUCCGUGGAGUAAAGAAGACCAAGGCUGGUGAUGCUGCCAAGGGUGGAAAGAAGAAAUGAGUUUUCUUGCGUUAUGAGCUAAUCUUAAACCAAUAUAUGGCGAUGCUUUUCUCCCUUUUUUAUAAUUUUCUCCAUUCAGUAGAGGUGAACUCUUAGUAUCAGUGAAAGUGUGAAACACAAUGUUUUGUUGUCUCCUAUUUGGAUCUUGGUACUUUUGACUUGUUUUAAAGCAUUUUGAGUAUUAUUGAGAGGAUUUUUUUUCUUUGAA